GUGGGGUUUCACGCUCCUAGUUGAAGACGCCCGUGUUUCGUGUGUUGUGAUUUUCUUCGCCCCGGAAUUACUUUUAAAUACUUGUGUUGGGGACUUAACAUGUUGUGUCUGAUUGUUCAUGGAUGUAUUUGGAUACGACGUAGCCUUUGCUGCCACAGAAAUCCCUAUGGAUGACGAUGACAUUGCUAUUGUCGGUAUCGGUUGCCGUUUACCAGGUGCCGAAAACGUCGCAGAGUUCUGGACAUUACUCAAAAAAGGAGAAAAUCAUGUGAUUGACAUUCCAUUCUCAAGAUGGGACAAUUCUAAAAUAUACGACCGAGAUCCCGACGCCCUCGGAAAAUCGUAUGUCCCGAAGGCAGGCUUUGUGUCAAAUGUUUACACAUGGGAUCCAGAGUUCUUUGGAAUUGGCAACGCAGAAGCUGCUCUUGUAGACCCACAACAGCGAAUGGUGCUAACAUGUACUCACAUGGCUCUGGAGGAUGGAGGAAUAACAAGAAAAGAUUUGGCAGAAUCACAGACUGGGGUUUAUAUAGGUGUAAUGGCAGACGACUACAAGAAGUAUGUCCUUGGGCAAAUAGACAGUGCCUAUACCCUUACGGGCGUUGAUAGGAGCAUCAUCAGCGCCCGUGUGGCAUACGUGUACAAUCUAGCUGGUCCGGCAAUGACUAUUGAAACGGCAUGCUCAUCGUCAAUGGUAGCCGUAGACACGGCAUCACAGGCGUUAAGGAUGGGAACAAUAACAGCAGCAAUUUGCGGCGGUGUAAACCUGAUGUUCGAUCCAAAUGUAUUUGUUGCCUUGACAAAAGCACGAAUGGCGUCCCCUUCAGGCCAAUGCCGAUCUUUUACAAAAGACGCAGACGGGUAUGCACGAGGUGAGGGAUGUGGCAUCCUCGUCCUGAAAAGACUUAAAGAUGCAGAGCAAGAUGGGAACAGAAUAUGGGCAACCAUCAAUACCGCUGUUAACCAAGAUGGACGUAAUGAGACACCAAUUAACCAUCCCUCGGCAAAAGCGCAGACGGACUUGAUGAAUUCCAUGUACCAUAGAUUUGGAAUAGACAAAACGUCCAUACAAGUUAUCGAAGCCCACGGGACCGGUACACGUAUCGGAGAUAAGACGGAAACGUUUGCGCUUGGAACUGUGUUAGGACACAACAGACAAAAGAAAACAUUCUUAGGCUCUGUUAAGACAAACAUAGGUCACCUUGAAUCUGCGGCCGGGGUUGCAGGAAUCAUCAAAGUUUUGCUUAUGAUGGAGCACGGUGAAAUUGUUCCGUCAUUAUGGUACAAUAAAGAAAAUGAAAAUCCAGAACUAAAACUGGAAAAAUAUGGAUUUGAAGUUCCAAUCGAAUGUAUUGAUUGGCCGAAAGAACAUGCAAUUAAUCGAAUAGCAUGUGUAAAUAACUUUGGUUUUGGCGGGACAAACUCACACGCAGUGAUUAAACAAUAUGAGCGAGAUGAUGGAGCACAACAAUCAAGUUACCAAAAGUCACUGCCGUACAUCUUUGUACUUAGCGCACUAGAUGCAGAAACUCUCCAAACAAAUGUCCGAAACUUAAAUGAAAAGAUUUCUGGGCAUUCAUACGAUCUUGCAAGCCUGUCAUAUACCACUUUGUUUAAACGUGACCUCUGGCAAGAGAGAAUUGCAGUGACUGCAUCUUCUCAGCAAGAGCUCAUGAUUGCUCUUCAGAACAAAAUGGUUAACCACAAGGAAAACACUGUGACCAAGGACAAAAAUUUAGUUUUUGUUUUUUGCGGAGAUGGCACAGUAUGGAAUGGCAUGGGGAAGGAUCUUUUAGGAAUACCUUGUUUCAAUAAUAAGGUUAAUGAAAUCGACAACCAAAUCAAUCACCUGACAGGUUGGUCAAUACUUCAAAAGCUUCAGGAGGAGAAUCAAGACAUUUGUGACAACCCAAUGGUUGAACAUAUUGCCAUAUUUACAUAUCAGGUGGCACUUGCAGAGCUUUGGAAAUACUAUGGAAUAGUUCCCAAUCGAGUGGUGGGAAUGUCCGUUGGAGAGGUAGCUGCAGCUUAUGUAUCCGGAGAACUAGAUCUGGAGUCAGCAUCUAAGGUUAUCUAUCAUAGAUCGAGAGUAUUAUCCCAAGCGAGUAAAGGCAGCAUGGCCGUUGUGAUGAAUGUACCGAUAGCCGAACUCCAAAUUCUGACGGAACGAUACUCUUUUUCUAUUGCAGUGUUCUUAAGUCCUGUUUCCUGUACUAUAUCUGGUGAAAAGGAAGAAAUUAAGUUAGUGGAAUGUGAGUUGCGAAAAAAGUUUGCUAAAAUGAAAUUAAUACCACUUGAUGUCCAUACUGGCUACCACAGCAGAUUUGUUGACAAAGCAGCUCAAGAACUUAGCAAGGUGUCCUUAAAUUUACAAGGCACAACGCGUUGUUUGCCAUUGGUAUCAACAGUAACUGGAAAAACAGUACCUAAAGGGAAUAUGUCUUCUAUAGAAUACUGGAGUGAAAAUAUAAGUAAGCCAGUUUUGUUUCAGGAAGCUGUCGUAAGGGCACAGGAUAUUGAGCAAACAACAAUUUUUGUAGAAAUUGGUCCAAGCCCAGCGCUUUAUGUCCACAUAUGUGAUAUAUUUCCAGGCCAAGACAUUAAAACCAUAAUUUCGGCAAAGCCCCAAAACGAAGGACAAACAUUUGGAAAUGCAAUUUGUUCAUUAGUUGAAUCAGGAUUAAAUUUCAAGUGGGAUCGCAUUGUUCCUUCCAGCCGAAUGCCAUGUACCGAUAUUCCAUCUUAUCAGCUAAAUAAAAUGAAAAACAUUGUUCCAAACAACAAUGAAAAAUUAACCAAACAUCCGUUCAUCUCACAAAUAGAUAGCAAUGAAUUUGGUGCUCAGUUUAAAGCACUCGUAGAUUUCCAGAACUCUCCCUUUAUAUUUGAACAUAUCGUCAACGGAAAGAACAUACUGCCUGGAGCAUUUUAUUCCGAAAUUGCACUGGAAGUGGGAACAACUGUGUUAGAAACAAACAAAAGAGACAUCAGUGUGUCGUUAGAAUUCCUUAAACCUGUUCACCUGACACAGCACGAGGUGUUAGAUAUUCGUAUUUCUACAAGACAGCAAAACAACGGUUUUCGUUUCAAUGUGAACAUCAGAAAUGUUGCACAUUGUAGGGGAUGGGUCUAUAAGCAAACACGAAGAGUAGAUAGUGUGUAUGCCGACCCCGUGGCUUUAAUGGCAAAUCUAGUAACAAAGGGGAACACUUUCCACAAAUCAAAGACACAAAUUUAUGAAGACUUUAAAACAGUUGGAUUUGAAUAUGGGCCAGCAUUUCAAUUGUUACAAAAUAUGAUUACAAACGGAAACGAAGCGGUAUGUGAAAUACAAGCAUCCCAAUCAAUUAUAGAUAGUUGUCAUAACAACACGCUCGGCUUUCAUUCUACUCUUAUUGAUGCAAUGACGCAGUCUACAUUCAUGGAAAAUACGUUGAAACGGCAAAACAUAGAAUUGAGUAUGCCUGCUAGCAUUGGUGAGAUAAAUAUUUAUGGAAGUCCAUCGAGAACAAUGACAAUCUUUUCUAAAACAAUCAAUGAUUUAGCUUUGGAAAGUGUUCACCAACAACACUUCAGCAUUUGCAUGUUUGAUGAAGCUGGAAAUCUAAUUGCUGCAUUAGAUAACUUCACUACUUACAGAAGGAAAAACAAUUCACAUGCGCCAUGUGAACUGAAAUACACACUUGAGUGGCUGUUUGAAGAAAAGAAGUCCAAGAAAAUCAUGAUGAAUUGUUUCACAGAAACUGAAGUAAGCAAAGGAAAAAGUCUAAUGUUUGCUGGACCUAACUUGGACGGUGAAUUGAGUGCAGUUUCGCAUAUAAAUGGGAUAAUUGUCACUGAAAAGAAAGACGACGAGACUUUAAAUGAAUACGCAAACACAAUUCUCAGACUUAACCCGUUCACUCAAGAAGGAAUCGACAUUGGGGCAAUAGUUUAUUUUGUAGGAUAUCGUACACUUUCAAUAGAAAGUGUUCAUGAUAUAGAGAAAUUGUGUACGUAUGUUACAGGGAAUUUAAUGUUAUUGAAAGAUCUUAUUAUGAGUUGGAAAACGCUAGAAUCUGCGCUGCCUUUCUUUGUUGUCACUGAGAGUUCACAAGGCAAAAUUGACAGGCAUGAUGUAGGACAUAGUUUGGUUGGAAAUGAACUUUGGGGAUUCGUCCGUUCACUGAAUGGAGAGUUAGAUCAUAACCAAAUAACCUUAAUAGACCUACAACCUUCACUUCAAAAAACACAUCGGAUUCUUACCCAUUUUAUCAAGCAAGAGAUGGAAAACAAAAGUGAGCUAUUUGGAGGUCAGAUUAUUAUCGACCAAAACGGAAUUUAUUCCGCACACAUACUGAGAUCUCCAAGUUUUCUUCCAACGCCUGUGUACGGCAAAGUUUAUCAUACACAAUUAGCGAGCUCACAGAUGCAAAAAGUAAUGUGGAGUGCGCAAGAAAGAGAUGAGUACUUUCUUACAAAUACGUCGUCUACAAAAAAUCAAUCGUCUAGGCAUUUGAACGUCCAAAGCGUUGUUGUAUUGCCCCCAAAUAGUACAAAGACAUUACUGGUCAGGUAUUCUAAGCCUGUGGUAUCGGAAGAGGUUCGUCAGGUAAUCGGGAUCGAAUUCAUUGGCACUGUGAUAGAUGAACAGAAAGAAAGAAAUAAUGAAAAUGUUCAAAGUUAUAUUUGUGUUUCACUUACCGAGGCAAAUACUGUUGUGUAUGUGAAAGAAGACUUUGUAGUGAAAUUGGAUGAUGUUCCUUACUACUAUCCUGGAUUACUGUCUUUUAUACUCGUUUGUUACAGGAUUGCAGAAUCGGUGAAAGCAUAUUCUUCAGUCACGCUUUUGUGGGAUAAUCCAAAUAUAAGAGAGUUUCAAAUCCUGCGCCACGUUCUUUUGAAUACACAUCCAAAAGAAGUAAAUUUGAAUGUAGAAAGUGCAGACGUAAUUAUUGAUGUUAAUUGCGUAUCUCAAGUAAGGCUUCUUACGGCGCUUAUGAGUUGUAAGAAAUUUGUUUCAUUGUUCAAAGAAGUGCCUAUCAUUGCAAGACGCUGCACUGGAGAAGGCUCGGAAUUAGAAGUGAUUUCCAUAACGGAUGUUUUUAGGGAAAAAAAUAUUUCUGUCAACUUGAACAAGUCUGUCCGGUGGCUAAAAGAAAAUACAAAAUGGAAGGCUUUGUUUUCGUUAGGCGAAGAAGAGCGAUGCCAAUUCUCCCUUCUACCUUUUCACAGAAUUGAUAUUGCCAACCGAAACAACAGCAAUAUUGCGAUUAGAAAUCCACUCCCAUCUCUUUUCCAAAAAAGUGGCAUGUAUCUCAUAACUGGUGGACUGACAGGUCUUGGAUGGGAAAUGAUGCAAAUACUCGCAGAAAUGUGCGCCGGCUUGCUGAUAUCGGUGUCUAGGCGAAAAGCCUCUACAGAAGUUCUUGCCGAAAUUAAUACCAUUGAAAGGAGGUUCGCUUGUAGAAUUAAGUGUCUUAUAGGCGACGUUUGCGAUUUUAGUUCAAUGGUGAAUAUUUUCAAAGAGGUAGAUCAGCACAGUGAAGGCAAUGUUAGAUUGGAGGGAAUAUUUCAUAAUGCAGGUGUACUCGACAGCCAACUCCUUUCAAAUAUGGAUGAGACCCACCUUGAUCGCGUGUUGUCGCCUAAAGUUAGAGGCUCAUUAAUUCUCCAUUUGUUGACAGCACAGUUUUUUUGGUUACCCGGUCAAAGCAAUUAUGGAGCUGCAAACUGCUUUAUGGACACAUUUAUGAACUGGAGACGCUCGAAAGGACUUCCCGGACAAGCCAUUAACUGGGGUGCGCUAUAUAUUGGAAUGUCCGCAGACCAAAAGAUCCGUGAAUCAUUUGAAAGAAGAGGAAUAAACUUGAUGCAAGCCUUGGAUGUCAAAAGUUGCUUUAAAGAUGCUUUGCUUUGUAACAGGCCAUAUGUUAUGUAUGCUGACAUCAACUGGGAUAGUUUUUCGAAACCAUUUACAAAAAUCUGGAACCCAAAAUUCAUCGAAGUUGUCACUGCCGAGUUUGUCACUUCAAUGCACCAACAGGCUAUUCAACCGGUGUAUGAUUUCAAAGCAUUACAGGUAUCUGAUCGACAGACACAGAAGUCUGCUCUUGAGGAAGUCGUGCUUCUUUGCGGUAGGGAGGUACUUGGUGUGCCUAAGCACACUUUGUCUCUUGAUGUCACCUUUCAUGAGGUUGGGUUGGACUCAUUUGGAUCUAUGACUUUGACAAACACUGUCAAAACAAUUACAGGAUGUAGAAUUCCUCCUGCUGUGUUAGCAGACCACAACAAUUCACUCAAUGAUGUCGUGUGUUAUCUUCUUGAUGAGUUGUUUGGAAAUUCCACUUAAAACUACUUAACAAUGUUGGCGUUUACUAUACAUAUAUUUGUCAUUGUAUGCAUCUUCUAUUCAAGAAUUAAGCAUAAGCGGCAAGGUCAGUUAGAGAUGGUCAUGCCUUGAGUAUACACAUAACAAGCAGGUGUUCAAGGUUUUGUACAAUACACUUAAAAUGUACUAGUUAUAAAACAAAUUUAGUGAGUAUACCUGCAUGUGCUUAAACAGCUGUGUUGCACACACUCUAUUCUGACAGCCGUAACGUUUGUUACGAAGAUCAGAUUGGGUGAGUCAAAGGUCAAAUUUUACUUUGAUGUUGA